CGCUGCGCGACACGAAUACUGGACUCAGUCAUAAGCCCACAGAGCGAUAUUGGAGCUCUUCAGGAGUGUGUCGAGUGUGUCAAGCAAGCGCCAAGUCCGCGGGACAGUACCGUUUAGCCGCGGCGAUAUAUUGGGGCUCUCAGUACAUCAGACAAGCGCUAAGCCGCACUAGAAGACCUACAGCGAUGCGACGGCGGCGCGCAGUGAGCGUGCUGCUCUGCUGCCACGCCGCCGCGGCCUUCCUCGGCGCGCGGCCAGUCACGACGCCGCGCGCCCACCGCGCCGAGGCCAACGACGACGGCGACGAGAAUGAAGGAGACGACGCCGUCAUCGGCCUCGACUCGCUGCCCGACGAGCUCCAGUCGCAGAUCGUGGAAGCCAUCGCGCGGUCGCGGUUACGGGACGGCAAGGCCGAGGGCGUCAUCAGUACGAACGAGGACGGCGCCGCUAGUCUCUUCUUGUUCGGCAACGAGGACGAGGAGGUGACGUUGGAGAAGACUGAUAGUGACGAGGACGAGGACGACGACGACCAGCCGUUCGUCGUGUUAGGAGAUAGGAAGCGGAAGCAGAAGAAGGCCAAGGACAAGUCCGAAGCUUUAUCUAGGAUAGCGCGCUUCGAUCUGAGACCUCGGGAGGUGCGCGAACAUCUGGAUCGGUACGUCGUAAGGCAGGCCGACGCGAAGAAAGUUCUCAGUGUCGCAGUCUGCGACCACUACAAUGUCGUGAGGAGGUGUUUAGCAGAUGAAAAUGAAAAAAAGGCCGAAUACUCGAAGCCAAAUAUUUUAUUGUUAGGUCCUUCUGGUUCUGGGAAGACCUACAUCAUGCGCACCUUAGCUAGAUUGUUAGGCGUGCCCUUCGUCAGGGCGGACGCCACAAAGUUCACGGAGACGGGUAUUGUCGGCGAGGACGCCGAAGACUUGGUCAGACAGCUUGUCGAGCAGGCCGACGGCGAUGUGGAGCUCGCGCAGUACGGCAUCAUCUAUGUUGAUGAAGUAGACAAGCUUUGCAGAGGAGAGCAGGGGCCCACUUCUGGAAGUCAGGGAGUACCUGGUAAUAGAGGCGUGCAGAACACGUUUUUGAAGGUUAUGGAGGAGACUGAGAUUUCCAUCCAGAAGCAGUCGGGCAUGAUCCCCCAGAUCUUUCUCGGGGGCGGGGAUGCGGCGCCGCAGCGCAUUUCUACCAAACAUGUGCUGUUCAUCUUUUCGGGGGCAUUCACGGGUCUUGAUGAAAGGUUGAAGCAGAAGCACGUGCCCAAGAACAUGGGCUUUCUUGGAGGGGGGCAUGAUGAUGAGGAAGAAGACGAUGAUGUCCCAAAAAGUUACUUGAAGCAGGCGACGUCGGCGGAUUUCGUCGACGCGGGCCUCGAGACGGAGUUCAUCGGCCGGAUUCCUGUUAGAGUGGCUGUUGAUCCUUUGGGCGCGCGCGACCUGGAACUCGUGUUGUUGCAGUCGGAAGGGAGCGUGCUGCGCCAGUACGAGCGCGACUUCGAGGGGUACGGGGUGGACCUGACGGUGUCGCGCGACGCUAUUGCUGUGAUAGCAAAGAAGGCCGCGGACGAAAAGACGGGCGCGCGCGGCCUCGUGACGGUUUUAGAAAGGACCUUCCGCGAGUUCAAAUAUGAAUUACCGUGCGCCGGCAUCACGGAGCUCCACUGCGACGCGGCGACGGUGGAGAACCCGCGCGCGACUUUAGACAGAUUGUUGGAGGGCGUCGACGGCGCGCGCGACGACGUGCGAAAAGCUGACGCGGCGCGCGUCGAGGCCGAGUUUUUCGCGCGGCAUUCGCUCAACGUCACGCUCGGCGACUCGUUGGUGGAUUUCCUGAUGGCCGAGGCGAAGGCGCACCCCGAGCGGUCGGUGCGCGGGCUCUGCGCGCCGCUCCUCGACGAUGCUAGUCUCGCGGCGGCGCUGCACACGAUCCAGAAGCGGACUGGAUCCAUUCCGGCGCUGCCGCUCGAGUUGCUGCUCGACCGCGAGGCUACCGUAAAACGGUGGCUCGACGACCUCCCUGAUGUUGAAGAGGAGGACGACGAUGCGGACGAGGACGAUGAUGAAAAACCUGUCGCGUCGGCGUCGUCCGACGACAGAGACACGCUGCGCCAGAUCUUCGACGCCGUGGUGAAGUAG